GACCACAGGAUUCCUCGCGGAAGUGACGGCAAGGCGGCGAUGGCGGCUCGCAGUUUCAUUCCGGAUUUCCACUGGACUACAGACUGAUUUUAACCGGACCGGUUAGACUUUGGAGAACUUUUGUAAAGCCGUCUCUCUUCCAAAGCCGUGCAGAGUGGAGCCACACUGACUCGGUGCUUGACAGCGAGUGGUCCCACAGCUUUUCUGGGGUAUUUUUGUCCAAGGUUCAAGGUGGUCACCCUGUCGAGCUAGCGGUAGCUCGGCUGCUAAGAGCUAACGUUAACGUUGCUGCACAGUUAGCUCCGGAGCUAGCUUGUCAACGAGCUGCGUGCUAAGGUCCACACAGCAGCAGCAGCUUUCUUCUUCCACGUCUGUCUUUUGAAGCUACAAUGCGGAUGGACUUUAUUUCAUGCUAAUCGUGCCACAAGUGUGCAGAGCGAGGUACUCACACGUUUGCUUGGCCUCUGGGUCCGUUUGAAUCGCUAGUUUGGCGGCUGUGGCUAAAGACGGAUUUUGACUCUCACCAGCCGGCAAGUGGCCGCAGAAAUUGACCCAGAAACUUCGGACAGAAGUGUGCCAUCAGCUGAGGACUAAAGUCGGGCUCCGAAAGGGUCCAAGCGGGUUUAUCAUCACCAUGCUGAAGACCCGGCAGUGUUUACUCGGCAUCCGCACAUUUCUCGGCGUAACGUCGAGAUUAUGGGGCUUCAUCAUGUACAUCCUCAGGAAGCACCUACGAACGGUGAGGAGGGUUUGAAACACAUGUGGCAGCUAGUCCUGAUGUGUGUCUGUGACCAGUGUGUCAUUGUAGAAGAAACAGUCCACAUGGAUGCUAAGACUACCUGUAUAGUUCACCUGUGCUUUUCCUAUCUGUCCCCUCAUCAUAACAUGAUGCAAAUACAUGAUGAAAUCCCACUGUUAGCUCUCAGUUAAAAGCAACAACAACAGUGUCAAAUUCAUCUAAUUAUCACUCAACAUAAAGACUGCAAGGAGUGCAAAGAAGCAGAUAUACUUAAUGUAGGAGAAAGAGAGGCAUGAAGGAUGUGUUAAGAUUAGGGCUGGGCGAUAUGGAAAAAAGUUUAUCACGACUAGGACUGGGCGAUUACAUGAUCGUGAUAAGUUUCAGUUCGAUCACGGUGAUCAGCUGUAAGGUUAUUUACUUGAUCAAACAUAGCGGAAAUGUGCGUCACAACAGCCAAUCAGAGUUGAGCUUUUCUCACUUCUGUAAGUUGCCGCAGAAGUAAACAGAAUGACCGAAGAACGGGAAGCUAAACGCGGAGCUGAGGGCAGCAAAAUAGAUGUCAGGCGUGACUUUGAGUCAUCCUCCGAAGAUCUUAUUGUUGAGAACGAAAAUUAUUUAAUGUCGGUUGUGUGGCAGUGGCUGUUGAGUUGCCGGUUUUUGAGGGCACCCACCACCGACAUACCUUACACAUCGGCGGACUGAAUGGUGGGCUGUUUUGGCUCCUUGUAACCUUUGCAUUGCGUGUGCUCCGCCAUGUGGCACUGCUUUAGGUAGUAAAAAAGAUUUUAGGUAUUUCCCGACUUUGCGAGAACAUGUACUCGACAUAAUUUGCAGUGCGCAUUACUCUGCUUCAUGUCCAAACUCAAAAAAAUAAAUAAAAAAAUAACGUAUUUUUCACACUGUAAGGCGCACCAUCAAUUAACACGUCUAUUCGCCUCUAUUUUCAUACAUAAAGCGCACCGGAUUAUAAAGCGCAUUAAGCCAAACAAAACAGUUAGAUAAGUCAAACUUAAUUGAACUCAUUCAAUAACUCCGCGAGGCUACGGUAGCUGCAGUUCUCCGACAAGCCAAAAGGAUUUUAAGUGCGCCUUACAGUGCGAAAAAUAGGGUACCUCCACACCACUGACGUUUUCGUUCCAGUAUUGUCGACAAUGUCGUCAUCCCUUGAGUCUUCAUCUGCAUUUCUGCCAGGGUAACACUCAUUUUCUUUUUUCUCACUGUCACUGUCAGCUUCAUGUGUUAAAGUUCUAUGGCUGCAUAUAGCUGCUGCCUUUUACUACGCAGUUGUUCACUACUUGGUUCUAAUUCAGCACAUGAUUGGUUCAGCGCGAAGUGAACCCAGAGUAUCGGUAUAGUCUACCUAAGCAUGGCAGAAAAGCAUAUUAACCAUGUUUUAUAUUGAUAUUGAGGGAAUUAAUUUUCACUAUAUAUCGUCAACAUUUUAUCGCCCAGCCCUAGUUAAGAUACAAACUAUUUUCUAUCCAGGAAUAAACAAAACACAAAAAUCCUUCCAGUCUCUUUAUAGCCACAAAUUUAUUUGCAUUUCAUCUGAUGCUAAAUGACUGAAAACCAACUUUACGAUCCUUGGAAUAGCAGCAGAUUCAUUCCUCACUUAGUUGUUUAACACCCACUAACUGAUCGUUUCAACUCCAUUUAAGUAAUAAAGAUGCAAGGUUAUGUUUUGCAUGUUGAGGUAGUCAAAAAAAAUGCAAUAAUAGUGCGAAUGAAUAUCUCAGUCAACAAAAGUACGAAGAGAAAACCACAUCCAAACACAACUCUGCAGGUCACCUUCGAUCGCUUUUUAGCACCCCACAAUUAACCCGGCAUUUAACAGAAGCCACCUGCUUGUAACACACACACAAACACACACACACACAGGUGUUUUGCUGCGACGUUAAUAGACGUGCAUAUGUGUUGUAAUAUGAGUGGACUUCGACUCCAGCUCUGUAAAGGGCCAACAAAGCUUGGAGGAGUGCCCCGCGUGUUGUAAUCAACUCGCUGCCCCGAGGUUUGUCUGCAGUUUAUUGUGAAGCAGCAACACUUGCAGGGUUGUGAAUGAGAGAGAGUCGUCCAGUCCAUGUUGUGAAGUGAGAGGGAUUAGGUCAGCACAGAGGGCACACUGUUCUCUCCCUCGCUCCCUCCUUCCCUCUGGUUUCUCUCAUUCUCACUAACAUUUUAUUGCUGUUGUUUACUUCACGUGAUGCACAGGGACGUUGCAGAGAUCCAGGAGCAAGCAGUAUAAUGUAGGUGAUCCUAUAGAUGUGGGACCAUGACAGGCCAACUCAGAGAGAGCCUUGGUUUUCUCUUCUAACAAUGCUAAACCUUUAAAUCAACCAUCUUCUCCUUUUAUUGUUAGUAAGGAAGGGUCCGAAGCUGUUUAAACAGCAGACUGCACGACUGCAAUCAGAGAUGUUAUUAUAUCAAUCAAUAAAGCUCUGUUUGAACAUGAUUAUCAGGACCAGGUCAUAAAGGAAGCUACUCUGACUCGACAGAACAUGAGACGCUCAGUUAUUGUUCGGUAUGGUGCUUAUCAUCUCCUACAUGGAGUCACAACAGCAUGUAGCAAGGUAGUGUAUCACUGCAGACACACUCAGUUUUAAUAGAAGAUAGUAGAGCUGUACUGCUACCUUAAAGGGAUAGUACAGUUUAUUAAAGUGGGGUCAUAUGAGGUACCUGUCAGUUAUAAAUGUAUCAGUUAUAGGGGACUUGAGUAGGGCUCAACCAAUAUGGAAUUUUUGGGGCCGAUGCUGAUACUGAUUAUUGGGGGGGGGACCUGAUUACCAAUUAAUAGGCCGAUUUUUAAAUUUUUUAUGACGUUAUAAAUAUAUAUAUAUAUCUGUAAUCGCCCCUCCCCAAUAAUCGGCAUUGGCCCCAAAAAAUCCAUAUGGUCGGGCCCUAGUAAACACAUACUUUGGAGAUAGACUUAAACAUUUUCUCAUUAAACUUCUGAGUAUUGAAGAAAGUCAGAAAAACAGCAGCGUUAAGUGGUGCAGGCUUCAGCUGUAUGUGAUCCACUUGUAUCCUCUGAUUGCAACAAAGUCCCACUCCCCCACCUGCCUUCACAUUUGUGUUUCCGAGUCUUGUUCUUCCUCUGGAAACCCUUGUUCAUAAAAGUGUUCUCAGUAAACGUGGCAUGGCAAAGUCGCUGACUGAAUCACUUAUUGUUUUACUCGCUGUGUUUAUGACUUAUUAAAGCCUGUUGACCCAAACAGCAAAUCAGAGCUGCAGGCAAGGGGACACAUAUGUGAAUGGGCUUUUUGAUGCUGAGAACUUCCAAGGAGAGCGUACACUUAAACUGAGAAUAGUGCUUUGGUUGGAGUCGGUUAAAAUCAGCUGGAUUUCGUGGUGGAGUUACCUCGUUUGCAGUGUCUCAUGGUUGAUAGCCAAGCCUCUGGUUUGGUGCUUCGGCUGCUUUCUAAAUAAAGAUGCUAAAAUGAUCAACAUCCAUUGAUCUAUUAACAUACUAUUGACAAGUACCUCAUAUGACCCAACCUAAAAAACAGUGUUGUUUUCAUUGACGAUGAGUUUGACGAAAAUACUCCGCAACGCCCCUUUUUUCCACGACGAAGACGUGACGUUGAUGAACUAAACAUAAGUCUUAGAUGACUAAAUUGUGACGAGACGAAUGUGCGUUUACGUUGACGAGAUGAGACUAGACGAAAAUGUUAGUGGUGGACAAUGAACAGAGUUGCAAAAUUCAUAAGCAUUUCGUCAGUCAAAUGCUAAACAUAUAGCAGGGUUGUUUCCGUUGACGAUGAUGUUGACCAAAUAUUUUCGUCAUCGUCAACGAAAACAACACUGCUAAAAAAAAACUAUUCCCCUGAAAUGUUAAGUGUAAUUUUGUCUCAAUCUUGACGAUCAAUCAAUCGUCUACGCGAGUUUUAGCCUGAAGUUGCUAAUUUUGUAGUUUUUGCUUCACUGUGGUGGAAACGGGAGAACAGUUCGAACAUGUCAACUUGUGCUCUUCACCGAAAUAUCAAUCAGCUGAUCAAUGGAAAUAAGUGUCACCCACCCUGUAUUUUAAAUGUGUAACCAUAGCAACGGCAAUACUUUUAAUGCCUGUGUUUAGAGUUUGUUGCGACUUAUAUUCAGGUUAACAUCUCAGCAGGGAAAUAUUAUGAUGAAUUUUUCUGUCAGCCUAUUUUGAAACUACUGCAGAGAGAACUUUCCCCCCGCUGUGAGUUGGAUGAUUCUGGCCUUCACAUCGUCCAUUAAUUUCUAAGUCAGGAUACAUUAAGGGCCAUUAUUCUUCACGGUUUAAUUGCAGAUGUCAAAGAAUCACUGGUAGUUUUCCUCUGGAGUCACUCUCAGCUGUAGGAAAGAGAUCCAGAUGAACACUCUUUGAGGAUCAGAGUUCUGCCUCGAAGGCGAGGUGUCCCCCUGCGGUGCCCAGCAGCUGCUUUCACCAAUAGGCUUCCCCCAAGCUAACCCUGCCAGGCAGCAGAGGGAGGGAGGGGGCACAGAGGGAUGGCCCCCCCUAUCCUAUCCUAUCCUGUCCGAGGGUUUAGGUCCCAAGCAGCCAAGACCCAGUCAAAGUCACCCUGCAAGUCUCCCUUUCUAUGUGUGCCCCAUGCUCCACUGACACCCACCGACAGCUGAGGGGAUAAAAAUAGCCCCGUGAAGAAAAGUGCAGAGCCCUGGGGCAAGAGCAGCACUGGAAAGGAUCGUCUCUUAGCAGGGCAAGGAAGUUAGAGAGAAGGAGUCAUGGGGUGGACGUGACUAGGUUUCUGAAGUUUUUCUCUGUAGGGCGUCUCUCUAGGUCCUCUCAGAGAAGAAUAAGCAUCCAAAGUUUCACAUAUAAGUCGAGGUUUUUCUGAGUCUUGAGGACCUCGGGGUAAUAUGAGCUGCACCUUUUGAUCUAAAUCAUCCCUGGCCCAGAUAUGUUUCAACCAUGACGUUCUUUUCAAAUUGGAUUCAAAUUGCAGGCAAUAUAAUGACAUAAACCCACUUUUGUCCGUGCCCUGAAGGAUUAUGAAACGCUAACACUGGCCUCUCACAGAAAAUGUUCUGUAAGACUCUUUUAGAGCUGAGGAAACAACACCCUGUGUAUCAAAAACAGAAAAAUCCCUCCAGAGAAGAAAAGAAACAACAACGACACAUGUUCGAAGUCCAUCCACAGUGAUUUACACGCUGUAACUUACAUUAAUUUUCAACAGCUACCUGAAUUCUUGUCUGAUUGAAUAUUUUUCUUUCUCUAUCUGCAGAUAAUCCAGUAUCAGACGGUGCGAUACGACACUUUGCCACUGUCACCCAUCUCCAGAAACAGACUCAGUGAGUACACGUUUGUCCUCUUUGUGUGAGACUUUUGGAAGUUAAGCAAAUUGUCAUCCCUCCCAAAGCAUACUGGUCGGGUAUUUUUGUGAUACAAGAGAGGAGACAACUUUUUUUUCAAAGUUGUUUAAAAAAGUAGGAGGGGAACCAGUCGGUCAAGGAAGAAGUUAUAAUGCAGAAAAGAAAAACAUAAGGACACACAUCCAGCCUCAUUCCUUUCUCAGGACUUCCUUUAAAUCCGUGUGAAAGAUCAUCGGUAAUCCUGAAACUCACACUUUGCAAAGGUCGAUGAGAAACUAAGAUCAUAAGCCUCAUACCAGCAAAGUUGAGAGACAGGAAUUCAUAUUACAGCAGGGAACUGAGGAAGCAUCAGUUCUUUGAAGAAGAUCCCAGCAUCAUUUUGCAUUGCGAAUGGAGAUUAACACCAGACAGUGUGGUCUGACACUGCUGUAAGGGCCUGUGUCCACUAAAAGCUUUUCAUACACUUGCUGCCCAAAUGACCUCAAUUUCAAAGCUCCUCUCACCGUACCACUUACAAGGGUAUGAACGUUUUCUAUGCCUCCCUGUAAGUUUGUUUAAAUUGCUCUUUAUGCUUCAUAUUUUUCUUACUGUAAGGAAGUUUUACAAUUUAAAGGUCCUUUCACACCAGGAGCGUUUUUAUUGUGCGAUUAUUUCGGACGUCAAUAUUUUUUUUGAAGCGUUCACAUCUGCGUUUUCCCAUCCUGUGAUAUUGCGGCAUUUAUUUUUUCGUAUCUCAGUCGAUUUUUCUAAAGUUUCGCAUACUGUGUGUCCACUUCUGACUAAUCAGAUUGUGUGUUGUUGUGACGUCUGAUUCACCGGUAUAUCCAACAUGGCCGACCGGCUGAUUGCUGAGAGCAGAGAGCUUUUUGAUAAAAAACACAAACAUUACAAAGAUAACGACCUGAAGGACAACUUGUGGAGAGUCAUAGCGUCGGAUCUCUCAUAUGAUGAUGGUUUGCUAAACGUCUUUGUUUUAACUUUCAUCUGUGCUAAGUAACUUUAGCUCGUAAGCUAACCUGUUCAGAUACAACAUACCAUAUGUAUUUUCACUGUCUGAAACUCAACCUCGUUGCUGUCACAGCACCAUUAGGUCUCGGUUGUUACCUUACGUUUAUGGAUUAUGGUUUAAUGUUCUUAUCUGGUACUGGCCCCGACUCAGUACAUCCUAUCAUGACAGACAGACAUCUCAACACUAGUGUCUAAUCAGAACUGAAAAACAGUCAGUCUGCUGUUGAGUCAGUCUUCUCGCUUCCACCCGGGACGCGUCUUUUUUUUCCCCGGGAAAGUCAUUUGCGUCGUUCCUGGUGUGUAAGGACCUUAAGGCAUGUUUACAGCCUGGUUUGAAACGGCUAUAAGCUUUGCCUCUUGGUAGGUUGACCAGAAGCUAGCUUGAAUAAGCAUUUCCAAUAUGGCCACUACUGCUAAGAGGCAAAGUGUGUGAUGUCACUGAGACUAGGUCCAAACGUUAUACAGUCUAUGGUAGUGACAAAAAAGCAGAGGUUGUUUCUCUGCUAGGAUGAAGAGCACUGAACCUGGAUGGGUUUUGUAUAGAAAAAAGGUACUGAGUGCAAAAAAUAUGAACAGUGGACACAGGCCCUUAGACAGGGAACAAUAUGAUUGAACAUUUAAGGCUUUUCAUCAUUAUUAUUUAACUCUUGAACGUGCAGAAAACCGCCUGCUUGGCUGUGAUACUCUGCUACACGUGCUGCAGACAGUUCUUACAGUAUUAAAGAGUACUCACUCAAGGUCAGAUGGGGCAAUGAUUCCUGCGCAAGUAGUGUUUUUUGCAGUAUGUAAAACAGAUGUUUAAUAUCUGCACGUAUAGUCAAAUGUAUAUGCAGAUAUUGAUUUAUUUCGAAGUGUUUUAUAGUCUUACAAAACUUUGUGAUGUGUCAGUCGGGCUGUAAUUGAUACCUGUCUGUACGAUCAAUUCAAACACUUCCAGAACCACAGCUGCAACAGCAGGCUCCAUCUUCAGAGUAUAAAUUACCAAGGUUUAGUAUAAAUACUUCAAAAUAUAAAUCCCAUUUAACCGAAGUUACACAGCAGGCCUUUUCUAAAGAGCCGACAUACAGGCCAUAGUGUUUCUCCAGACCAUAACCAGAAGGCUAAAAUUAAAAGAGUUCUUGAUUUUGGCUGCAGACGGUCAGCCACAGAGCUCCAUAAAAAGCUCCUUACCCCCCAAAAAAGGCUCUUGAGUAAAACUGUGAAUUACGGCAGAGGGAAAAUGUCAGAAUAGAGCUCGACACAAACGUAGUUUCCUGCUCCGACUCUGACUGUGGCAGGUCUGGUUUGUUGGUGUGGAAGUGAAGAGGAAAUGCACAGAGUUGGUUCGUCUGAGGCAGCAAAUGCACACACACACACCAGCAUGGCCCUGUCUGUCUAUGUGUGUGUGUGCGCGGUGUGAAUGGGCUUUCCCCCUGCCCGUCAAGAGCUCAUUGAACAGCACACUCUUCUUGACUUAGCAGAGAGAUUGUAUUUCAGUUCCACUUUCCUCGCCUCUCAUUCACUACGCUGACCUCGGCUGGAGAUCUCAGUCCUGUCUCAAGAAUAGACUGAACCCUCUCCGCUCUCUCUCCUCACUUAGUUAUCAAAGGCCACUCUUACUGCUUGUAUCGACUUGAAGGACUUAGUCUACAUGAUAAACAUUUAACAUAUUUAACUCGUGUACUUCAGACCUGCUUCAUCACACAAAGACAGCUUUUCAGCAAACUGCAACAAACGUCCCCGCUUACAGUGUUGCAAUCGUUGUGUAACUCCUGUAUUAGAGGUCUACUGUUCUCUACUGUGGUGUGUUAUAAUGUUCAAGUUCGAGGGGAAAGUCUUAAUGCUGACCUGCUGUGUGUACAUGAAGCGUCACUUUAACCGUGUCACCACAGGGCAUGUAAAUGUCGAGCAGCUUCCUGUUAACCUUAUUUCUCCCCGUAACCCGCUUUACCAUGUGCUGACUGUGAAAUCUCCCACUUUUUAUGGUUCAUUUGCAGAUGCAGUAAAGAGGAAGAUUCUGGUUUUGGACCUGGAUGAGACGCUGAUCCACUCUCACCACGACGGGGUCCUCAGACCCACAGUGAGACCUGGCACCCCGCCAGACUUUAUCCUCAAAGUACGAACUCUCAUCCUCACAAACACACUCUGACUCUGCAUGUUUGAACACGGAUUAAAAGCCGUUAUCUGAAUGAACCGGGCGCUUCUGUUUCUGUUUUUUUUUUUCAGGUUGUAAUUGACAAACACCCCGUCAGAUUCUUCGUACAUAAAAGGCCACACGUGGACUUCUUUUUAGAAGUGGUGAGUUUACAAUAGAGCCCGACCGAUUUAUCGGCAAGACGAUUAAAUCGGUCAUUAUUAGCCCGUUUGAGACUAAUCGGUAAUCAACUAAAACUUGACGAUUUUUGCUGAUAUUUUCAGAAAUAAAAUGCGGAGAAUACGAUUCGGUUUCACUUCGAAAAUGUUCCGCCAUUUGAAAAGUUCCCCAACUUAUCCUGUAGAUGGCGCAGCGAACUGUGCUGUGAGGUAGCUAGUGGAUGAAGAUUGUCAUGAGGUCGCUGCGCCAUCUACAGGAUAAGUUGAGGAACUUUUCAAAUGGCGGAACAUUUCGAAGUGAAACCGAAUCUUAUUCUCCGCAAAAUAAAGGCGAAAAUCAGCGAGUUUUGGCCAAUUACUGAUUAGUCAAUUUGAUCGACUCGCCGAUACAUUGGUUGGUCCCUAGACUCUAGUUAGCUCGGCCCCUUUGCCGAGACACCAGCUGGUUAAGAGGAACAGAGGCUGGGAUAUCAGCCACAGAAUCGAGCUCAUUUUAACAAACUCCAUAGAAAGUGUUAUCCUUGAUUCAGAAUGUAUGUGCCAAUAAACUUCUUCUAUUCUAUUCUACUUUGCUGUCAGAGAGCCCACUUAUUUUUGCACAUUUUUCUAAAUUCAUUUUCACCAAAUUUGGAUAUUUUUGCAUCUCAAUUUGGCAUAAUUUGAAGUUGUGAAUGGCAAAGAUUAUCAGUGAAGUUUGCGAUUUCAGCUACGUUAAGAUUUCGUGCAGACUGCGAGUGUCACCAUGUCAUCAUGCAACAAAUAAGAUGUAAACACUAGGGCCCGACGCUUUUCUGUUCCAAGUUUGAUCGAUCUUCCUGUCGGCGUGAAGAGCAGUAGCUUACACUUAAUCUACUUUCAUAUUUAUUUUUCAUCACUUUAUAAAACAUUUAAAUAAUCAGCCAAUUAAUCAGUAAUCAGAUUUUUCCCCCCCCUUAGUAAUCGGUCAGGCCCUAGUUUACAAUCACAGCGAUUGUGUGUUUGAGAAAAGUGGGCUGUCGUCAUCACGGUCACUCUCAGCCGUGCUCUCCUCUGACACAAUCGGGCGUCAUAAAACUGUAUUUGUUUUGCAAAGUGAUCCUCUGGGACUGACUCACUUCUUCUACCCUCUCUACUCUGUGUGUGUGCGCAGGUGAGCCAGUGGUAUGAGCUGGUGGUUUUUACAGCCAGUAUGGAGAUCUACGGUUCAGCAGUGGCAGACAAGCUGGACAACAACAGGAACAUCUUGAAACGCAGAUACUACAGACAAGUACUGACAUCGACUCUGUUUAUUAAGCAGUUUGUGUUGAAGUGGGAGAGAUCAGGCUGUUUGGCCUCCUCACUGACUCAUAUGCUUUUUUUGUCUUCUUUUGCAGCAUUGUACAUUGGAUCUAGGUAGUUAUAUUAAAGACUUAGCUGUAGUACACGAUGACCUGUCCAGUAUUGUCAUCCUGGACAACUCGCCUGGUGCUUAUCGAAGCCAUCCAGGUAAGGAUCAAGGACAGAUUGACCGCUUUACACACUGGAGAGGACACAGAGAUUUAGGGUGCUGUUUAUAGCUUUUGUUCGGAUGGUUUAGGCUGAUUAUGGAGCUCCAAAUUUCAUAAAGGAAUAGAGAAGAGCAUCUGCACAGAGACGUCAGAGAGGAUGCCUAAAUGCUUUAACAAGGACUUUGUCUUCCUCUGUAGUUUAAUCUGAUUCUCCUCAUCAUAAAUAACAUGUUUGAAUCGCCCCACUUCUGUGUCUUAAAGUAGCGAGACUCUUUGUUAUUCAUAGAUGACAGCUGGUGCAUUCCCACGACUUCUAAGGAAAACUGGCGCUCGAAGAUUUCACUUCUAUGUGUGUCAACAUAUUGAGGCCGUACAAGGUUACAGGGGCAUUUUUAACAGAGGCGGUUCCAUAUGUCACAUAAUAUCCUGUACGAAAAGAUGAUAUAUGAUGACACUGCACUGUUACUUCCUCUUAACCGUCUUAGUUUUCUGUAUAUAUUCAUCUAUAACAUAUGGACCUUGUGAUGAGGGUAAAUAACUGAGCCUUUUAAUGCCCUCCACAAAGCUCGUAUUGUACAUUGAGUGUGCCGCCUCUCCAACAGCAUAAAAUCACAAGCAUGACUCUUUCUCCGAUCCGACUGACUGCUGUUUUUCUGCCCUCCAGACAAUGCAAUACCCAUCAAGUCCUGGUUCAGCGACCCUAGUGACACAGCACUUCUUAACUUGCUGCCUAUGCUGGAUGCACUAAGGUGAGAAGAGGCGUCGGAGAGUUUGCAUAAAAGCAAACAGGCAAUCCAAACACUCAAACUCUCUGGUUAGCGGUCUGUGUGCUUGAUGGGCUGUGCUUAUUUAAGAGACGAGAGUUAAUGUCCUCAUAGUUGAAGAUGGUGUUAUUCAUCAUGUCCUCUUUUUUUAAAUUUCUUUUGGCCUUGUGUUUUUAAAAAGGAGAACAAAGUCAUGGACGGACAUUAUAUAGUUUGUUACAUUAUUCCAUUCAUGUAAUAUAAUGAACAGCCUGACUGAAAACCUAGUGUAACCUUGGUAUCUGUUCCCAAGAGGAGAGCAGGUGUGAGACCCUGUGGGUGCAGUGACAAACUGUCUUCACAGUGUUUUUUAGAGGCGACUUUGAGCCUACUUCCACUACAGAGCCAUGCCUGUUAACCACUCAGUGCAUUAAAGGGAUAUUCAGGCGUAUAAUCCAUUUCGGGUCAAACACACUGUAACACUAAGUUAGACACCCCGUCGAGAGAUGAAUGUUGCCGACCGCUUGCUUCUCUAGUUAUACUAACAUUAGUAACGACCGCACAAUAGCAAUACACAGCGGUCUGUGGAGCCAUAAACAAACCUCAACCAAAACGCCACUCUAUAGACACAAAUAAUGCUCAGAACAGCACCUAACUUCAUCAACAGUACAUACAGGGUCCUAGCCACAGCACUAGCCACCAAACAUCUUUUUAACUUUGGCUGAUUUCUUUAGCAAAGAGACUAAACACAACUCACCUACUCUCUUCCAGCAGCCGCUUGUUUGAAACCUCAGGCCAGUCCAUUGACUGCAGCGGGGUGACACAGCUCAAGGAAGAACAUUUAUGAUCAUUUCUUUAUCAUUUCCUUGAAGUUAUAAUCACCAUAUUAAUCAUUUUGCACUCCAGACUCGGUAGUUCUUCUGCCGUAGUGUCUUGGUCUGAUUGCAUUUCCAUAAAGAAAUUAUCAUAAAUUUUCUUCCUUGAGCUGUGUCACCCCGCUGUAGUCCGUAAUGGACUGGCCCGAGGUCUCGCUACAAACAAGCGGCUGCUGGAAGAGAGUGGGUGAGUUGUGUUUAGUAUCUUUGCUAAAAAAAUUAAGCAAAGUUAAAAGUAAGUCGUCUUGACUCCAUAUUGUCCUUUUUCUUCACACUUGAGACAGAAGAUGUUUACUUUGUAUGUUAUUCUGUGUGCUCUGCAGGUAAAUGUGAGACUCUUUGACUUUGACAGCCUGUUUCUUUUUUUUUAAGCAGAGCUAAACUAAAUAUUUUAAAAUCUGUCUUCAUGGUUCAACCAGAGGGUUGAGUUUAGAGUCGUCGUGUUCUUGAUCACAGGAAGAAGCAGCACAGACACAGAAUCCAUCCCUUCAUCCCUCCUGUUUCUUUUUUUCUUUACUUUCCAGGUUCACCGCUGAUGUCCGCUCUGUCCUCAGUCGAAACCUCCACCAGCACCGGCUCUGGUGAUUGGCUGAAUACGGAGGGGGAUGGGCUUGUUGACCAGCCCCUUCCUGUCCGCUGCCGGCUUCCUUCCUGCCCUCCGCACCCGCACAGACGACCGACCAGCCCUCUGCGAACCUCUCAGACGUGUCCUGACGAGACGAGGGUUGGGGCGACCGCCUUAUGCGGGACGAACAGUAUAGUACGGGAUCACCAGAGCUCCCCAAAAACUACUGAGGAGGGCGGGGGAGCCAGCUUGUUGUUUUUUUUUCUUCUUGAAUCUUUAUUUGUAUUUUUUUUUCCAAAACAAAACGGAGCCUCUCUGCCUUAUCGCUCCUGAUACUGACUGUGUACGAAUGAAGGUGAGCUUGUGUACGUGAGUCGGGAGUGUGCUUGCUGACUUCGUUAGUCCUUUUUAAACUUUUUUGACAAUUGGGAGGGGAGGGCAAGUGGAGGAUCAGCAAAGCAACAAAGACAAUAAUUACAUUAUUAUUUCUUCUUCUCCUCCAUCAUUACUGGACUUUGCACUUCAGCAGACAACUCAUCAGUUUCCUGUCUUAACCACUCGGAGGGUCUGAGUGGGGGGAAAAUAGAAAAAACGUCCCCUUUUUAGAUUAUCCUCACAGCUCGACAGUGAUUCAUCGAUUCCUGAGGUACGUUUUCGCCCCCGAACGAGGACUUGAUAAUUGAUGGACUGCUUGCAACAUGCCAUCCACAGGUGUAUUUCUGGACAAAAAAGCCGCACAGCCUGAUGUAUUUUUUCUCAGCCACUCUUUCCUCAAAGCUUCUCAUGGGACUCAGAGUUAAACACGGCUGAAAAGUUGUGAGAAAAAAAAGCUCGUGGACUGCCGUGCCGCCUCUCCAUCUCUGAUUGUUUCUCUCUUUAUAAGAUAUGAUAGUACCCCUUCUGCAUACCAUGACAUUUCACUCUCCCACUUCGCCAUUUGAUGCCAUCCUGAUUUCAUGGAAUAGGAAUUGCACUUAAUUUCCCUCCUUCUGUUUUUGUUGCAGUUUUAUAUUUGAUUCAAAUUCGCAGCCUUCCCUCCCCCCUUCAGUUUUUACCCGCUCCGCUUCCUGUAAGGGUUCGACUAUUAGACCCUCCGUCUUUAAAUGCCUUCUGAACAAUGUCAGUCUUGUCAAGGCUCACAGCGGCUUCUUAUUGGCUCUGUCUCCAGGUCUGUGUUACUAAUAAAACACUUGUCAGUAUCGACCAGUUACUAUCUUCUUCUUUUCUUCAAAUAUUAUUCACACUUGUUGAAUCAACGUUUGGGAUGAACACCACCUCAAACGGAGUUACACUUUUUUCCCCUCCUUGAUAUUCUGCUGCCACCUCGUGGUUCGUUCUGGAACUGCAUACAGUGGGAGAUCCUCAAAGUGUGUACACAGUUUGAUUCUGGUUCAGGCUCAUCCAAAUAUGUUCAGCAUUAAAUUAAAAAUGACAGAUUUUUGUUUGUACUGAUGAUUUCAUAUUUUUGGAUGGUCUCUUUGCGUAUAGAGUAAGGAAACUGGUGAAUAAUAUGAAUGUUUGCAAGCUGCAUAGCAUCAUUUAGGUAAAUGUCAUUAAAAAUCUGUACAUUUGU